UUUCGGCCUUUAAUUUUGCGUAAGUCGACCUACAUCCGGUCAGUCGCGCCCACUCGAUUUUAAUCGCAAAUAUAAAAUUGUAACCGAUGAACACAUGGAAAUUCAGCGAGAGGAGAAAGCGGGGUCAUCGCGAUUGGCUACUUUUGACAUUUCGCGUGGGCCAGUACGAUGUCUCAGGGGAUUUGGAAGUAUAUAGCAGAUGCAGGACUGAUCCGCAGGUCAAAUCUUCGGUUUCAGUCCGGAGGACAGGAUCGACCUAUUUAUCUGUCAAUUAAUUCAGUAAAUUAUUUUCGAUUAGUCAUUGAUUCUUGAGAGAUUUUUUAAUGAUACGGUAGUGCAGUGGUGCAGCAAAAUGAUCCGAGUCUUGCUGGGAGUAUUUUUUAUUACUCUCGGUGGUGGGGUUUUCGGUCAACAGGGUUUUGUGUUCGAGGGGGAGGCGAGGAGACAACGACCCAUCAGUGAUGACGAUUCAGGGGAUUUUGGGGUACCAGCGAGACCCAGCGGAGUCAGGCCUUCAACUAUUGACAGUAUUUUUCAGAUUCCAAUAGCGGUGAUUCAAGGAACUUCAGCUGCAGCUCAAUCGUUUUAUCCUAACAAUGGAGAAAUGAUUGAUAAAGUAUUCAAUAUUCCGGUUCAAACACUCCACGCAGUGGGUAAUCUCAUAAAAGACCGCUACCCUCCCCUGUCCGAGCGCUAUGAUCAGAAUACAAGAGAAGAUCCAAAACGUGAGGAGCUCAUGAAAACCCGAGAAUUAGAAAUUCAACGCCGCAAGCAACAGCUCGAGGAAAAGGAGCGUGUCCGAGAACUCCAGCGGCUGAAGCGUCAGCAGCCUCAGCAGGACGAUCAGGUGGAGGGCAGGAGGCACCACUCGAUUUAUGACCCCUUCGCCUGGGCUGACGCCCUGGUGGAUCUUGUGGGGGGUCAUGGGGGGCAUUUCGGUGGACCCGGGGGGCUACAUGGCGGCCAUAACCAUGGAAAUCCCUUCGGGGGGCACCAGAAGAAAAAGAGGAAGAAGAAGAAGCCCCAUGGCGGACAUUUUCAUCAACAGGGGGGGCACAAUCAUGGGCAUGGAGGUCAUUUCGGAGGGCAUGGUAGCCAUGGAGGCCCCCAGUUUCACGGAGGAAACAAUCGCCCCUACGAAGUAACUGAGAAUCUCGAGGAUGUCGCCCCACAGGGGGGUUUAUUCUCCUGGUUUCAGCCGACGCGAAGGUCCCCUCAAAUCCAGAACAAAAUCGCCCCCAGAUAUUGAUGCAGAACGUCUUCUCAGGGCAAAAACUGUCGGACAAACAUCUCUAAUGUCGACGCAUGAAGUUAAUGAAUCACCUGGAGAAAAACAUCAACAAAAUAGCAGUGAUUUGCAGUUUGAUUUUUUACAUGAUUAAUUGCUGACGCAAUAGAAUUGAGCCAGCUCUCAGAAUCUCCUGAUUAAAAUUGUACAUAAAUGAUCCAUCACAUAUGAUUAUCAUGAUUUAAUGAGCUAGAACUUUCCAGCGUCGGUGACACUUUUUUGUACAGAAAGAUUUCAAGUUUUUGUAAAAUUAAUCAGGUAAAUAAAUCAUGAAUUCUCAUAGUUUACAAUUAAUUGAUUCCCUGUUAAUUAAUUUUUUGUCUCACUGAAGUCCUCGAUUCACAUAAAAAAUUCUCGAGGACCAGCAAAGGUCUGAUUACUCAGAAAAAUCACCCGAAUAAUUAC